AAACAGAAGCGGCAGCAAAUUGACGGAAGAGAGAGUUUGAAACAAAACAAAUAGCAAGAUGGGACUUGUGUCUAUUCGUUCGUUUUUAAUGAAGCGCAUGACAGCAGUAGCCGAAGAAAUAUUUAACGCUCUCAAAGACAACAUAAUUGAAUACGAGCAGGAGAUCGAGCGCCUGAAGCAGGAGAAUUAUUGUCUGAGGAGCGCACUCACUGAAACACGCCAUGAUACUCAGCAAGAUGGAGUUCUGCAAGGUCCAGUGGGUUCAGAGCUCUCAGAAAUACGAGUAAAGAUGGAGGUUGCCACUCUGAUGUCCCAUGAGCCUUUGACUCAUGAAGCUUCUACCACUACUUCGCACCUUUCUGAAGAUUUUGAAUGGCAGGGACCUCAUCAGCCCCUCUCACUUUUGCCAAAUGUGCUGUUGAACAAUGAAGAUAGCGGUGGCACAUUUCCACAGUCACCCAUCACAGUUAAGUCAGAGCAGUGUGAUAAUCACACCAGUGAAUCAAUCUCAACUGCAGUGCAGUCAGACAGCAACUGUCAUGCUGAAAUUCCAGUACAAGACCCACCGUCUCUUCAAGGUUACAUUGAAACCUCUAAUGAGGUGCUACAAAAGGUACAAAAUCACCAAAACACCUCAAUAUGCAAGAUUUGUAGCAAGUCUUUCAGCACCAAAGGAAGUUUACAGAGACACAUGCUGGUGCAUCGGAACAUGGCGCCUUUCUGCUGUGUUUCAUGUGGGAGUCGUUUUAAAUCGAAAUUUCUAUUGAAAGAACACGAGAGACUCCAUACAGAAAGACAAGCAAAGAAUCGCACCGAAGAACCAGUGAGCUCACAGCUCUCCCAUGUGGAAAUAAUUCUGCAGCCGGACAGUGUACAUGUGAACGCAAACUCACGGCAAUCUACCAGAUUAAGUCUCUCUGCUCAGGGCCCUGAGAAGUUUUCUUUCCAUUGCAAGAUAUGUGAAAGGCCAUUCAAACGUCAAAAGAGCCUGAAAAACCACAUGCUUUUGCACCAAUGUGAUCGAAAUUACCCCUGUAUAUUUUGUGGGAGAAGGUUCUUUAAGAGCUGGCAUCUCGCAGAGCAUUUAAGAAUUCACACUGGUGAAAAGCCAUUUGGAUGUAGUAAAUGUGGAAAGACAUUUGUUCAGUGGAAUCAAGCAAGAUCACAUAUAAUUAAGCAUCAUCAAGGAGAUAUGUCACUGUUAUCAAAGGAAAAAACCUAAACCUGUAGAUUUGUACUUAUUACCACCUCUUUAGCAAAGAAAUUAGAAUAAUAUGUUAAUUUUUAAUUUCAAAUGUACAUUCCUAAUUAUUCACGUGACAAAGAGACUAUUAUCUCAUGUUUUGUAAAUGCAUACUCUUCCUUUCUUUCAAGCUUGUCAUUAAAAGAGCUUUCAUA